AAAAUUUGUAGAAAUUGGUCAAACAAAUUCUCAGUUUUUGUUUAGUUAACAAGAUUUUAACUUUAUUAAUAAAUAAAGUUAUGAAAUCAAGUAGCAUGCGGUACUAAAUACCUCUAAAAAGCGAUUCUAAUUAAAGUCAGCCCAUUCAAAAUGAGUGGUAAUAUGGAAAGUGAUAGAUCUGUUACAACUGGCAAGAUGUACCCAAUAGAUUUGGCGCCUCAAAAAAUCACUAUAGUUAAAAAUGUAACUAAUAAUGAGGUUAAAAUGGCGCAUUUAAUAAGUGGACAAACCAAAACUUCGGGUUCUAACCCCAUACUGGGUCACUCCAACGCUAGUUCGACAGUGAUGCGACCUGGCUUGGCGCAGAUUAUUGCGCCGAAUGUUGUCUCCCAGCCUCACAUGAUAUUAAGCGGAUCACCAAUAUUGCAGGGAACUCAGAUUGUCAGCCAAGGGUCCCAAAUAUUAGGACAAAACUCACAAAUUAUAUCCCAAUCACAACUGAUCACACCAAGCGGUCAAAUUAUAAGUCCCGCUACACAAAUCAUAAGUCAAGGAACUCAGUUGUCAGCUCCUGCAUCUACAUCUAACAACGCCAGUGUGCAGAAUACCAUACAAACCAAUGUUGCAUCAUCAGUGAGUGGUGCCCAGGUACUGAAUGUAGGACAGCUUGUCACAGGUGCCGGAAAUGUAGUGGUAAACUCAUCAGUGAGGACAUUACCUCCUACAGUCAGAGUUAUACCACCAUCAACCCAUCAUAAUACAAGACCAGCUGUUCAAUUGUCAAGUGUGAGUAAUUCAGGAGGGGUUCUUGUGACCAAAACUGUGAGUACAACAAGUCAUGUGCCACGCGGACUCGCUGCUGGAGCAUCCCUUGCAGUGAGACCUGUGGCACCGCCUGUCUCUCAAUCUUCCGGAUUAGUGAAUUCGGGCAGCACAUGGUCAAACACCAAUCGCACUGCCCGCAGUGCAUUGGUGUAUGCAACAAGACCAUCAACUCCUGCUCCUGCUUCUCUAUCCACAAUACUCACAAUACCAACCACUUCAACACUCAAUUCAAGUGGUGUAAUAUCAAGCACAGUUCGUGGACUAAGUCCUAGGCUGCCAACAGCUUCCCCUACUUCUGCAGGACCGCCACCUCGACCUCUACCACUGCUGCAGCGAAAUUACCAACCAGCAAAAGUGGUAGGUGUGGCGAGUGUAGGCGUUCGCGGUGUAGUGGGUAACAGUGCGCCCACACAGCUGUACUACGAAGUGCCCCGCGCCCCUCACCCCGCGCACUCUCCCGCGCCCGCCGCCAACCUCACGCACCCGCCUGUUGCCGCUACAAUCGCCUCUACCGGACUUGGUCUUACGACUAAUUCUGCGGGACUCGGUCACGCCGGCGUCACUUCGACGGGCUUAGGACACGGCGGCAGUGCUCCCGCUUCGGCUGGAUUGAGUCACGCGGCUUCCGCGGGACUGGGUCACGUCGCAACCGCUGCUACGGGACUGGGACACGGCGGCCUCACGGGCCUCUCGCUCGCGGCGAACGUGGCCAGCGCUCCUAUGGGCGGACUCGCACACGCGCUCACUGCGCACGUACAUCGGCCGCUCACACCUUACGCGCAAUCCCACACACAUCCGUCAGUGAACCAGGUGAACUCUUCAUCGGCAUUACCAGAAACCAGGCGGUCUCCGGCUCUUUUGUCCUCGAAUUCUACAACUUCCAUUACAGCGCAACCGAGGCCCUCGAUACUCAGAAAAAGGGAUCUCGAGAGUUCGCCAAUAAAACCCAUAAGCAUUGUACAAACAAGUGCUUACAAUACUGGCACAGGCUGGGAAGACGUGCCAGCUGGAGGUGGAGGUUCAGGCUCGACCACAAUCUCGGCCUCCUCGUCUCCACACCCGGACGACGAACCAGAGCCCCCGCCUAUAGAUAGUGACCUCUCCCCUAGAAAGAAACCAAGGAAACAGACGUUGACUAAUGACGUCAGACAUUGUGACUAUCAGAAUGACGAGCAGCCAUCGUCGCCACCUCAGAUAACUAUAAAAACACCAAAACGUCCGCAGCUGGGCUCUAGCUACGUGUGCGGGUGGCGCGGCACGGCGCUGCACUUCGUGCGACCCAGUGACGUCAAACGUCGGGAGCCGCGUCCGCGUGACAUCACCGCCAUCGCCGCACAGCGACACGUGCUCGCCACCGCGGACGGCUGGAAGCUGCACCACCUCACCGCACAGAUGGACGAUCUCGUAUCAUUGGAAUCAGACGUGGGAGAACAGUUAUCGGUACUACUACGAGGUUUAGAAUCAGCACCAAUGCGAGCUCUCAGUGCCUUACAGCCACACGAACAUCCUCUCUUAGAAUUGCUCAAAGGUAACAUACAAAGGAGUAAAAUCGUAUGUGAAGGUAUCCAGGAAGCGAGAGCCGAUAUACUGCGAGUAUUUACACACCGGAAAUUUGUAUCAGAAAUUCUAACUCGACAAGCUGACAAAAGAUGUUUUAGAAAGCAUAGAUCCCAAUCAUAGCGAUAAAACUAAUGAAUUACAUUCUUUAUUCUUGAAAAGACUGCGAGUGAGUGAUCCAAUGCAAUUAAAACAUGUUGUCUUUCCUUUAUUUUAACUCUUGAAGUAUUAGAAUACAUUUUUACAUGGUACUAGGUAAUUUACUAAAGCCGGGUUGGGCUGUUUGUGAAUUAUAGUGUCAGUCAAUACAUUGAUAUUUGUUGAGAAUUUUAUAGAUUGUAUAACAGGUUCUAAUAUUAUUAUAAGUUGUAAAUAUAGUUCUUGGUGUAAAUUUUAA